UUUCAUAAUAUGCAUAACAUUUGGGGCACCUUCCAGAAUAACUAAAAGUAUUCGCACUUCUCUCUGCACAAUUUUUCUUUAGAAAACCCCGAGAAGAAUAAUUUCAGUACUUCGUCAAUAAGCUGAAUUGAAGAGGGCGCUACAGAAUCGCAAUUUCCCAACAAUGGAUCUGAAUCCACCUCCAGGGGAGAAUUACGCUAAUCCAAAGAUAUGCUUCUUCCACGUGCUGUUCAAGGCUGCCGCAUUGGCAUUUUAUAUUCUUUCAGCUCUAUUCGUCGACAGUUUCGUCAUCAUCUUUGUGGUCACUGUACUUCUAGCUGCCCUCGAUUUUUGGGUAGUUAAGAAUGUAAGUGGACGCAUCUUGGUAGGACUUAGGUGGUGGAACGAAAUUAACGAUGAUGGUGAAAGUGUGUGGAAAUUUGAAUGCCUUGACCAAGAGUCGUUGGCUAGGAUGAACAAGAAGGAUUCAUGGCUGUUCUGGUGGACCUUGUACCUCACUGCUGUUGUGUGGGUAUUUUUUGCGAUCUUCUCUCUCGUCAGGUUUCAAGCUGAUUAUUUGCUUGUUGUUGGUGUAUGUUUGACCCUCAGUAUUGCCAAUAUUGUUGGCUUUACUAGGUGCCGCAAAGAUGCUAAGAAGCAGCUCCAAGCAUUUGCGACGCAGACAAUUGCUUCUCGGUUCACGUCCACCGUUCAAUCUGCAUUUAGUGCUAUUUGAAAUGGUGUUCCUUUGUCUGCAUAUAUACACGAGCAUCGUGUUUGUCGUUUUUUUCUUUCUAGGAGAUAUAUCAAACAUAACUGGCUCAUGGUUUAUUAUGUAAUAUGUUGAUUUUUUUGAAGGCCUUGUAAUACAUUUUGUAAUUCAUAGUAAUUCAUACCCUAAUUUUUUUUUUUUUAAU